AUCAAACUACACAGUGUCUAGUAAUAGUAGUGAUAUUCACUUUACAGUCACAAACAGACAACAAACCAUUCUCCAUUUAUUUUCUCUUUCAAGCUUUAAAAUGCACAAUAACAGUAGGACACCAUUUCAUAAUAUUAUGGAAUCCACCUUAGAUGAACCGGUCACACCUGCGGGUCGCCUCUUUCUUCAACCACAAUUAAACCAAAUAAUCAAUUGUGCAAUUGGUUUCAAACAUCCCCUUAACAUACAAGCCAUUAAAACGGAGCUCUCAAACUCUUUAAUGCUAAAACAUCCCAGAUUUUUAAGCCUUUUAGUUAUUGAUGAUCAUGGUAGAGAGUAUUGGAGAAAAACCCAAGUCAAUUUAGAUGAUCAUAUCAUCAUUCAUGACAAAACCCUUUCCUUAAAUUUAGAUUCAGAUGAAGAAAUCGAAGAUAAGGUCAAUUCUUGUUUAUCAGAUUUUGCUAUUUCUUCCCCUUUAAAUACAAAUAAACCCUUAUGGGAAAUUCAUAUUUAUACUGAAUUAAAAUGCGCAAUUCUUCGAAUUCAUCAUGCUUUAGGAGAUGGGAUUUCUUUGAUGUCGUUAUUUCUGGCUUCCUGCGAAAAGGCUAAUGGUAAAGAUGAUGAUAAGGAUUAUGUUGCUGAAAAAAGGGUAGAAAAAAGAGAAGAAAAUAAGAGAGGAAUAGUGGGAAUAAUGAAAAUUAUUUGGUGGACUAUUCUUUCUGUGUUGGGAUUUAUUGGAAGAUGCUUGUGGGUGAAAGAUAUAAAAACUGCAAUAAGUGGUGGAGAUGGUGUUGAACUUUGGCCGAGGAUGGCGGCAACUGCUAAGUUUUCGUUAGAAGAUAUGAAAUUAGUCAAGAAAGCCAUUCCUAAUGCGACCGUCAACGAUAUUCUUUUUGGAGUCAUAUCUUAUGGGCUUUCGAAAUAUUUAGACAUUCGGACAUUUGGUGCUUUACAGGAAGGUCUUCAAAUUACGGGGUUGGCCAUGGUGAAUUUAAGGAAGCAACCUGGCUUGCAGGAAUUAUCAAAAUUGAUGGAAGAAGGUUCUAAAGCCAAAUGGGGUAAUCGAUUUGGCAUAAUAUUGCUACCUAUUCAUUGUCAUACAAAAGAUGUGGAUCCUCUUAACUAUGUAAAGAGAGCAAAGGCUAUGGUAGAUAAGAAGAAAAAAUCCUUGGAGGCGCAUUUCUCUUACAAUAUAGGUCGUUUGAUAAUGUCUCUUUUAGGACCAAAGGCGGCCAGCAUACUUAAUUACAGGAUUAUUUGUAACACAACCUUCACAGUAUCAAACAUGGUGGGUCCAACUGAGCAAUUAACAUAUGUUGGCAAUCCCAUCAGCUUUAUUAGAGCAACUUCUUCUGGCUUGGCUCAUAUAAAUUACUUAAGUAAAGGCUUUUCUCAAACCAAGAUCAUAUGUCAAAAACGAUAUCAUAUGUGGUUGGAAGAGUUUUGAUGAAGUAGUAGGGAGCUUGUCCAGGGAAGAAAGGAAGCAUGGCGAGCUAUGUGAGUAUGAAUAGGCAUAAUGCUAUUUGGAUCUUAUGCUUGGACGAGUUUUUCAUAGCUUAGGCAAGUGCCUUGUAGCUAUUUGAGUAGAAGACUUUUAAGUUACCAUGCUAUGUUGAGAAAAGGACAAUUAAAAGAUGGAAAGGGCUCGAUCAAGGAAGAAAUAAGCAUGCAACGAUUAUCUUACAAGCAUGAGUCAAUGUUUUUGCAUGCAUAUUUUAAAACGCCUAAAACUUGUAAUAACAUCAAUGUUUAUUGAAAUUUUCUAUAGUAUUAUCGAGAUAGAAAAUAAUAUGAAAAAUAUUACAUUUAAUUGAUUUAUUUUAUCUUAGUUCAUAUUUCAAAUGACUUAAUUGUCUAUGUAAUUUUACUACCACUAACCCAACCUGGUAUGUCGUUCACAAAACAUCAAAUGUAACUCAAAACAAUGUUUAACAUGACUUUUGGUUUAACUACUCUUGUGUGGUGACUGAAUAUAAUUCACUUGAAGGGAUGUUGGUAAAUAACACAAUGGUGAGAAACAAGUGUGGUGUAGCUUAAUAAUAUAAUGUCGCAUGUAUGGCGGAGCUUGUGGCACCAAAUGGAUGCCAAGCUCGCACAAGCUUACCAACAAAGAUCUUUAGUCAACUUUAGUGAGAAACUAGAGGAGCGUUGGGAACAUGUUUCUUAUUAUUGUUCUUAAUUUCUUAAACGAUUAGACUCGGUUCUUGAGGGAGCAACUUGUUUGUUUGGGAAAACACUCAGUUUUAGUAUCUUAUGUUUUCUCAUGGUCAUUUCUCUCGAAAGACCAAUCUUUGUGCAUAGUCGAGCAAGCUCUAUUCACGUGGACUUAGAACUAAUACCAUAUGAAUAUCUUGGGGGCUAUAAAUUAACAAUUAAUUGAUCAGUCAGACUCUUUGAGUAGAUCAACCCAUAAGAUUUGUAUUUUAUUCGGUUCCCUUGGACUCACAAGGCCUAGGAGUCACUUAGUCGGACUCUCAUGGGUUGAUAAACAAAUGAGAUUUAUAUUUUAUUUGGCUCCCUGCGGUUCGUAAGCCCUAGGAGUCACUUAGUCGAUCUCUCACGUGUAGAUCAACUCCAGAGAUUCAUUGUUAUUUAAUUUUGUUUGGCUCCUUGGGGCUCGUAUACCCUAGAACCCGAGAUUAAUUAUUUGGCUCCCUAAGAAGCAUAAGCUAUGGUCCUUUAAUUUCUUUACAUGGCCUCUUUUAGAAUCACAAAUCCAUGAAGCUUAUGAAUUUAAUAAACAUGAAAGACACAAAAUAAAAACAAUCAAACCGAGUUUACUGAUUCCAAAACGAUGUUUGUUAAUUCAAAAGAAAAGUACACUAAAAGAACCAUAUCUUAGGAAAAAGUACAUGAGGAUUACAUCCCACCUCAUACAAAAUAAAAAGAAAAAGGGGUACAUCAGGACCGUAGUCCACUCGAAACCAAAAACCUCCCAACCUGAAGAGUAACUCUCCAGAAGCUUGUGUAUGGAGAAUACGAGCUCAAAUUCCCCCUCAGCGUUUGGGAUCGAUCCUAACCACUCGAAGUACCUAGCAAAGUAGGGGUUUGUGAUGAUUGUGGGGUCAGCGUCAAGGAAACGUAAGCAAUAGGAAAAGAGACCACUGUUGGUAUCAUUUAAGGGAUAGAGUUAUCAUACUUGUUGAGAAAUCAAUAUCCCUGAACCUGGCCUCCAGUUCCUCAAGAAUAACUUCUCUUAAGCUUCCCUGUCAAUGACAUCUUCAUUUGAGCAAUAGUUCUCAACUUACCUUAGCUUCUUAGAGACACGUUGCCUUGUCAUAUUUACCAUCAGCUACUUGCAACAAAGCUUCUGAGUCUAGCGUCACUCGCAGCUUUUCUAAGGCAACUUGAAAUAAGCUCAUUCACCUUCAUGCCUUGACUGACAAUAUUGGUCCUAAGUCGAGCAAUAAACAACCCACCCUCCUUGGACUCCAACUACUUCUUUGCAAAUUUCUUCUUCGAAGAAAGUUGCUUCUCCCUUAAUAAUACCACCUCUUUAAGGAAAUGACAUCUUUCCUGUAUGUCUUCCAGAAAGUUACGAAGACCCUUGUUCUCUUGUGUCAAAAUCAUGACUUAAUUGCUUUCGUUAUCGUUUACGAUCGUUGCUUCCGCUGUCGCACAACAAUCAGAAUCAAGAGCUCAAGUUUAAUUCUCGGAAAAGUUCUAGAGGGAAACAAUAGUAAAAGAUUGUACAAUAAAGAUUGAGAAAUUUAAUGGGAACAAUAGCUUUGGGCUAUGGCAGAUUAAGAUGAAGGCGUUAUUAAAGCAGCUGUAGAUUUGGCAUCCGUAGAUCCCAAAGAGUAUGACAUCUACAUCGGGAUGUGGAGACAAAUGGCCUGAUGAAUAGUUAGUAAUGAUGGAAAAUAAGGCUCAUUUUACCAUAUUUCUAAGUCUUGAUCAUCAUAUCACCACGGAGAUUGCUAAUGAGGAGACGUUGCGAAAUUAUGGUUAAAAUUGUAGUCAUUGUACAUGACGAAAUCUUUAACCAACAAAUUGCUAAUGAAACAGCGGUUAUUUAGCCUCAUGAUGCAGUCAGGUACGCCAUUAAGAGAUCAUCUAGAAAAUCUUAAUUCUAUUUUACUGAUUUGCGUAAUUUAGAUGUUAAGAUAUAUGAUGAGGAUGUUGCGUUAAUAUUGCUUGUUUCUCUACCGAAUAGUUAUGAAAACUUUGUGGAGUCUUUUGUGGUUGGCAAAGACCCGUUGAUCCUAGAGGAAGUGAAGGUAGCACUUUAUACUAGGGAGUUGCUUUAAAAGGUGACAUGUUAUAAUGAGAAUUAUGAUAGUAGGUUAGUUGUUAGGUCGGGUAGAUAUUCUGGAAGAAAAAAAGGUUUAACAAUAGUAACAAUGCUAGGUUGGAUACUAGUAAUGGUACAGAUGGAUCUAGCAACACUAGAACCAUGAUAUGUUAUCACUGUUAGGAAAUAGGACAUUUUAAGUAUAAGAUUCCAAAAUUAAAGAAUAAAUCUCAGGCCACAGUAGUUGUAAGUAAACAUAAUAAGAUCUAUAAUUCGGAGAAAUACUUAGCAUUCAUUAGUUGUGUUGAGUUUAGUGAUUUGUCUGAUAUUUGGAUUCUUGAUUCUGGUAGUUCGUUCUAUAUGAGUCCUCGUCGGGACUGGUUUGAUACUUAUGAGUCUUGUUUUGGGGGUUCAGUUACGAUUGCUAACAAUACUCCAUGUGCAGUAGUAGGUAUUGGUUCCAUGAGACUUCGGACUAAUGAUGGGAGAAGAGUUACUUUGACUAAGGUGAGGCAUGUUCCUACAUUAGGGAAAACCUUAAUAUUGCUUGGGACCUUUGAUGAUUUAGGGCUCAAGAGUGAGCUUAGCAAUGCGGAAGUGAUUGUCUUAAAGGAUUUAGAUUUGAUACUUAAGGGUGUUUAAGUCUCUGUAUGUCUUUUAGGAUGUUACAGCUAUUUAGUUCUGCUGUUAGUGCUUCUAUUUGUCACUAGGAGAUGACGGUUAGUGGUAGACAUGGUCAUAUGGGUAAGAGUAGAGGGCUGGAAUUGUCCAUUGAGAAUCGUCUUACAUGUGUCAAGGAUGCCUACCUUGAGGACGACAAGCAUUGGGUGUUUGCGUUUAAACACGGGUGUGAGCUUAGCAUUGAAGCUUAUGAUCACUUGUAUGGUAAGAUGUAUAGUUGGCUACAUUUGGAUAAUUUGUUUUGUGGAUUUGUUAUGUUUUGUGUUUUAGGUAUUUUGUGGCAUCAUACCUAUAGAAUAACACCAUUGCAGAGAGGUGUUACACGAAUAUCAAAUCGGACCUUGUUAGGGAUAGUCUUAUGCAUGCUCUCUAGUACUUGGUUGUUGAGUAGAUACUGGAUUAGUUUGUUCGAUCGGGGUUUAUACAUGGGAUUAGAGGUGACCAUGUAUGUGUGGUGUGGCUCAGUUGGUUAUCGUGCUAUCUCAUGUUUGGAGCUUUGUUAGGGCUUUCGUAUGCUGUUGUGUAUUUUGUAUCUUCCGGUUAUGGUGAUAGUGGUAUCGAGUUUGAGGUGGAGUAUGAGGCUAAUCCCUCAUUUAUGUUCGACCGUGGAUUGAUGUUGUUGAUUGUUCCCCAGGUAUCUCGCUGAUUGUGAAUUCUGGUACGAUCUUUAUCUCUAUGGAUUGUUUAAAGGAUUCAGUGCAAGAAACAUUUCACCGAUCUAAAGGGUUUCAAGAGAAGCCUAUAUGUGCUAUCGAGAAAAUCUAAUAGGUUGGUUUAUGGAUUGUUCUUUUUGUUUUUAUAGGUUUGGUAGGUUAUGCAUCGAGCCUUGUAGGUUUAUCAAGGUUGGUAGUCGUUUGGUAGUCAGUUGAACCUCCAACACAUGAGCACGUCGUAGAGUAUAAUAAGCGAGCGUAGUGUCUUGUUAUGAUUUUACGUAUGAACAGAGUGUGGGAAUUUUUGUAUAGACUGGUAGUGUUUCUUAGCUACAUUAUAUCAACUCAUUUAGAGGUGGAGUCAAUCUACAUGUCUAGAGUUACGGUUUGUUGUUUGAAGUAUGUUGUUAUGUGUACUUGCUUUGCGCAUGCCAUUAGUGUCAUUUGUAGGUUUGUGAUUCAACUAGGGUGGGGGCAUAGGCAGGCAGAGAUUUGUUCUCUCUACGGUUUGCUUGGAUCAGCUGUUGUGUUUCUUAUGUACGGGAAUGAUGUUAGGUGCUUAGUUACAUCGGUUGAGGCUUGGGUUGUGUUCGCUGAGUUUGAUUGUGUUAUGAUCUCGAUGAUGGUUCUUUUUUAUCAACCUUGGUUGGCUUUUGUGUACUGUGAUUGUUUGUUUAGUGAUUAGGUACUUCUGGAGAAGCACGGUGUGGUCAAAUUUCAUUCGGAAUGCACAUACAUGAAGAUAGAGGUAAAGAAGGUAGGAUGUGAUCAUAAUCCUAGUGACUUCUUUACUAUAUUGGUUUCAUUGGCAUAGUCCAUGAGGGGUGGUGUUGAGGGACCUCACAUGUGGAGGAGUGCACAACCUCAAGGUGGAGCUUGCCUCGUGGACUCGUGAUGCAGGUAGAGCAUUAUGAGUGGACUUGUUAUGCUAGUUGAGCGUUAUGAGUCAUUAUACUUGAAAACGACGAUGUGAUGGGUCUUGGUUGAAGACUUAUCAGGAUGGGUCUUUGUUGGAGAUUUGUCAGGAUGUACGACCUAUGCUUGAGCUUUGCAUCGGUUUUAGCUUGAGAAUGGUUUUGUUUCACUAUGGUUUAAUUAGGUAGUGAUUGACUACGAGUUCUCGUCAAGGUGGAGAUCGUUGGGAUUUUGUGACUCGAAUCGAGUCUAAAAUCAGGCUUUAUGAUGAAUCAAUGAAUGGUCAAAAAGGCGAUGGAACACAAGUGCGCGGGCCGCGAAGUACUAUGUUGGCACGCGAAGGUGCCAGGCGCCGAGUACUACACGGGGCGCGAUGUAUCUUCUAUUUUGGGCAGAAUGUUAGGUGCGUGCUGCAGUGAUUUGGGCGUGGCGCGCUUGCGCGGAGCGCGGAGUUUUAUGCAGUUUUUGUGAAAAGUUGGUUUUAGCAUGUUUUUGGCCAGUUACUCAUAGUUUUUAAUGGUUUGUUUUGUAUUUCUUAACCCUAUUUUCUUUUUAUUAUGAGAUAUAUACUAUGUAUAGGCCCCAUGUAAUUAGAAUUAGGAGAUACAACACAAAGAGAGAAAAAGCUUGGAGAGUCAUUGUUGUGGCUUCUCGUUCAUGUUGUAAUCUACUGGUUAAUAGUGAAAAGUUUAUUCUUGGUGCUAAUGGAUGUAGCUAUCACGUUGAUAGUGAACCACGUUAAUUUCUCGGUAUGAUUUUCUUUAUCGUUUGUUUGAAUUUUUAUUGCUUUGUUUAUUGUUUUCGAUCUUUGCUUUCAUUGUCACACAACAUUUUUUAUUUAGAUCAUUUACUCUCUUCUUAGUCAAGUUGUAAUUGGCCUUGAGAUUUUCUGACCCAAGAGCUCGAGAGAUUUCAUACUGCAUCCUUAUAUUCAUCUAAAAGAAAAAGCAAAGUUAAUAUCAAUCGAAUAAAGCAUCAAUCCAAUAGCUCAAACAAAAAUGAGAAACCAUAUGUACCUCAGCUUGGAGGAAAAGCAGCUUAUUGACCCUCAUCUUAGCAGGAAUCGAGCCCAGAUAGACUAGAUCCUUGUCAGCCACCAAUUGGCCCAUUUCUCUCCUCCACCUGACCCUCGACUCCUUCGAAGAUAAGUCCAAAAAGGUCUUGUUAGAGGCCUAGACUACACCUGUAUCCCUUCGGAUGAUUUCGUAAUUGGACUCCACCAUAUUGGGUGAAAAAGACUGUUCCCGCCUCCUUAUAGUGGCCCUCUAUUUGCCUUUGCCUUUUUUUAGCGGGAGUGAAUUGGGUCUUUUUGCAGUAGGGGCCGAGGUUUAUCCUCCCUCUUUCUCUUUCCUUUUGACAGGAGAAGUUGAACAUGUUUGAAGAAGGAGAAAUUAGAUUAAUUCCUUGGGGAGGAGGAAGAGAAGUUUUAUCAGCAUGGGUCUUCCUUCUAUUGAUUUGGACAUUAUUUGAGAAAAGUUGCGAGAAUUUAUUAUAUAUGGAUGUCUUGUCUUAGGCUCAUAGAAUACGACAGCUGCAAAAACAAAGAUAAAGUUUGAAACUAAAUGACUUCAAUGGAAGAGCAGAGUUAAAAGGAACUCACUCGCCCUGUGAAUAUUGUGAAUAAGGCCUAGCGCAGAAAAGAGGAAUUCAUUCCAAGAUGAUCCAAGGUCACAUUGUAGUUCCUUUGGAUGAGGAUCGACUUUAAAACCUCCACUACCAUCGUGGCAUGCUCAAUCAACAAAAUAUUCUUCUAUGUUACUUGUGGAGCAUUGUUGUGAAACUAAAAAUUCGGCUCCUCGUCAUAAGGUGUACCAGCCAUUUAUAAACAUAGUAAAAGAAUACAAAAUUGUUCCUAAAUCUUUUCAUACUAUCUUUUAGGCCAUCCCCUCCUAUGUUGAAAGGUCACCCAACCUAACCCACAAAUGGUUGUAAAUCUUCAAAGUCUAAAUAUAUACCUAAAAUUGUUAAAGACAACUAAACACCUUAAGUUAUACAAACUAUAAUUAAACCUAUUAUACAACCCCAUCCAUUAGGAUAUAAAUUGAAUAUAGAUAUGUUGUAGGAUUUGAGAACUUUGAUACUGCAGGGAUGAAGGGGGAACCUCAAACUCAUCUCUAUCUAGUCCUUGUAAACCCAUGCAACCCUCUAAGAUAUUCUUUAUAUUGUCUUUCUUCUGGGGCUUUACUAUGGAGUAUUCAUCAGGCAAAGCCCAAUGUUUUCUCAUCCUAGACAAUUCUGUUUCUGCAUCAAGUUUUUUGCAUUAAAGACUUAGUCCUUUUGCAUUUAUUUCUUGGCAUUGAAGUGAGUAAUUUAGAGGAUGCUAUAGUUCUAAGCCAAAAGAUAUUUGUAAAUGAGUUGUUAAGAGAUUUUGGUAUUUAGAUA